AUGGGUGCAGUUCAGCUUCUGUACGACUACUCCGGCCUGGCCGGCCUGGCCACUAUCGCGUUUCUCACCAUCUACACCCUCUGGAGCUGCGUGUACAACUACUACUUCCACCCGCUGGCCAAGUACCCGGGCCCCUUCCUCGCCAAGAUCUCCCCCGUCUACAGCAUCUACGGCCUCUUCCGCGGCCGCUGGCCCUUUGACGUGCACCAGCUGCACCUCCGGUACGGCCCCGUUGUGCGCACCAUGCCGUCAGAGCUCGCCUUUACGGACCCGGCGGCGUGGAAGGACAUUUAUGGCCACAGACAGGGCCAUCCGCAGUUUCACAAGGACCCCAUCCACGUCGGCUCCGUCCAGGACCUCCCCGGCGCCACGACCCUGACCAUGGCCGACGACGCCAACCACGCCCGCCAGCGCCGCACGCUGUCCCACGCCUUUAGCCAGAAGGCGCUGCUCGAGCAGGAGAGCAUCAUCCGCGGCUACGUCGACCUCUUUGUGCAGAAGCUGACGCCGCUGGCCCGGUCCGGCGCCGCCGUCAACAUGUGCGACUGGUUUAACUUUACGACGUUUGACAUCAUCGGCGACAUGGCCUUUGGCGAACCGUUCGGCUGCCUCAAGGACGGCGUGUUCCACUCCUGGGUCUCCCUCAUCACCGACACGAUCAAGGCGGGCGCCUACGAGCAGGCGACGCGGCGCAUGUUCCGCACGGGCAGUUUCUGGCAGCGGACGCUCGUCAAGCUCAUCCCGAGCGACCUGCGCGAGAAGCGCGGCCUCCGCCGCGAGCACCGCGACUUCCUCUACUACAUCCUGCGACAGAACGAAAAGGGCACCGUCUCGCAGAACGAGAUUAUCCUCAACUCGGCCCUCUUCAUCGUCGCCGGCUCCGAGACGACGGCGUCCCUCCUCUCGGGCCUGCUCAUGCACCUGCUGCGCACCCCCGCCGCCCACGCCCGCCUGACGCGCGAGGUCCGCGACGCCUUCCCCGGCGCCGCCGGCGCCGCCGACAUGCAGUUCCUCGCCCUCCAGGACCUGCCCUACAUGAACGCCUGCAUCGACGAGGCCCUGCGCAUCUUCCCGCCCGUGCCCACGGGCCUGACGCGCACCGUGCCCCGCGGCGGCGACACGGUCGCCGGCGAGUUCCUGCCCGGCGGCACCACCGUCUCCGUCUACAGCUGGGCCGCCACCCACUCGCCCCGCAACUGGGCGCGGCCCGACGACUUUCUGCCGGAGCGGUGGCUCGACGGCGACGGCGACGGCGACGGGCCGUCGCCCUUUGCGCGCGACGCCCGCGACGCGAGCCAGGCCUUCUCGCUCGGCCCGCGCGGCUGCAUCGGCAAGCACCUGAGCUACCUCGAGCUGCGCCUCAUCCUGGCCAACCUGCUGUGGCAUUUGACGUCGAAGCGCGUGCCGACGGCCCCCGGCGAUAGUCGAUCUCUGAGACGUCGGGGCGACUAUGAGCCACGUCAAGGCGUUCAAUACGUGGACUAG